CCCACCUCUAACUACCCCUUUCUAACGAAUCCAGCUAAUAAUAGAAAAAGCAAAAAACAAAACACACGCCGCUACUCUUCUCUUCUCUUCUCUUUAACUAAUCUAGAAAACUAAAUGAAGUCGGUACAGCUCAAGCGGUUAUGCUUUCUCUCCACAUAAUCAACAAAUCGAAGAGAGAGAAAGAGAGGAAGAGAGAGAGAGAGAAUGGCUGUGGAGUACCAUUGUUGCGAACCCGGAUUCUUCAUCCAUAUCGUGAUAAUCAUACUGUUGGUGGUGUUCGCCGGAUUAAUGUCCGGCCUCACCUUGGGACUCAUGUCUUUGAGUCUCGUUGAUCUUGAAGUUCUAGCUAAGUCCGGUACUCCUCGCGAUCGUAAACAUGCCGAGAAGAUAUUGCCAGUUGUGAGAAAUCAGCAUUUGUUGCUUUGUACUUUGCUGAUUUGCAAUGCUGCCGCCAUGGAGGCACUUCCAAUUUUUCUUGAUAGUCUUGUUACUGCUUGGGGUGCUAUCCUUAUAUCGGUCACGUUGAUUCUUCUCUUUGGUGAGAUUAUACCCCAAUCGAUUUGUUCUCGAUAUGGGUUAGCUAUUGGUGCAUCAGUGACUCCUUUUGUUCGCGUGCUUGUAUGGAUAUGUUACCCAGUUUCUUUUCCAAUUAGCAAGUUGUUGGACUAUUUGUUGGGUCAUCGACAUGAAGCCCUUUUCCGCAGAGCUGAGUUGAAAACGCUCGUAGAUUUGCAUGGUAAUGAGGCUGGAAAAGGUGGGGAACUCACUCAUGAUGAAACAACAAUAAUUGCUGGGGCACUUGAACUUAGUGGCAAGACAGCCAGUGAUGCCAUGACUCCUAUAUCUGAAACAUUUGCCAUUGAUAUUAAUUCGAAGCUUGAUAGGCGGCUGAUGACUGAAAUAUUGGAGAAAGGGCAUAGCAGAGUCCCAGUCUAUUAUGAGCAUCCCACAAACAUUAUUGGACUUAUACUGAUCAAGAAUUUAUUUACAAUUCAUCCAGAAGAUGAAGAACCUGUGAAGAGUGUAACCAUACGCAGGAUUCCAAGGGUUCCAGAAAGUAUACCACUUUAUGACAUUUUGAAUGAGUUUCAGAAGGGCCAUAGUCACAUGGCCGUUGUUGUAAGACAGUCUAACAAGAACAAGCAACCAUCUUCCCCAAAUAAUGCAAAUGGUAAGAACAUGCAACCAUCUCCCCAAAAUAAUGCAAAUGAUUCGGUGAGAGAAGUGAAGGUGGAUAUUGAAGGCGAAAAGCCUCCCCAAGAGAAAGUCUUGAAACCCAAGAUACCAAUCCAAAAGUGGAAAAGCUAUCCAAAUUCAAACAGGUCAAAUAGGGGUGGUUCGCGGGGCAGAAAAUGGACAAAAAAUAUGUACUCAGAUAUUUUAGAGAUAGAUGGUGGUCCCCUUCCAAAUAUCUCUGAAGAAGAAGAAGUUGUUGGAAUAAUUACAAUGGAAGAUGUCAUUGAAGAACUUUUACAGGAGGAGAUCUUUGAUGAGACGGAUCAUCAUUUUGAAGACUCAUGACGAUGGCUUUUUCAUUAAACCUGAUGUUUUCACAUUUUUCUUGUUUUGGACCUUGUAGAUAAUUAAUUAGAUAUUGAGGUUUAGUGUGAGAGCUUCUGUUUAUAGAUCUUAAAUGUGAUUGGAACGAACAUAUCAGUAAUGAAAUGUAGGGACAAGAAAGCUGUUAAUACUUGUACGUCAA